GAGCUAAGUGUACAGCUUCUUUCAUGGAACGCUGCAUCAUUUAUAUAGGUGAGAAUGCAAGUGAAUGCGUGAAGACAAACGCUUUUCUUAAUUUGAAAAAGGAGGCACUCAUUAAAUUGAUAUCAUCCGAUUAUUUUUGCCUCGAAGAAGAAGAUGUAUGGCGUUGUGUUCUGGCUUGGGCUAAAAAUCAUGCUGGCGUUACGCAACCCACCGCUCAUUGGACGGAAGAGGAGAGAGUUCGCGUUUGCCAACAAUUAUCGGGUGUAAUAUCGCAUGUGCGUCUGCUGCUAAUCGAUAGUCAGGUCUUUGCCGAAGAAGUCGAGCCAACGGGUGCUGUUCCCAUGGAAUUGUCCUUGGAACGUUAUCGUUAUGCUGCUUUACAGCAUUCAAAUAAAAUACCGCAUAGCGGAGUUGGUGUUAGCGGUAACGGUAACGUUGGAUUUGUAACUCCGAACUGUAAUACAAUGAACGAAGCCGAUAAACGUUUACAACCGCGCCUAACAGUGAACAUGUUUCCCGGCUCGCAGAUCUUAAAAAAUGAUAAAUUACAUUUACAGGGUGUACUGAAUAAUUGGUACGGCGUAACGAAACAGAUAUGGCGUUUGUUAUAUAGAGCUUCUACUCAUGGUUUUAGUCCAACAGCUUUUCAUCGUUAUUGUGAUGGGGUAGCGCCUUGUUUCGUUAUAUGUUUGGGUUCACAUGCCGAGAUUAGCGGUGGAUUCACCGAUGUGGCUUGGUCUAAAACGUCUCGCAAAGGUGUUUACAUACAUUCGGAGCGGGCUUUUCUAUUUACUUUAAGUAACAAUAUCAGUGAGACUCCUCUUAAGUUUGACAUAGUUAAGAAGCCCUAUGCGAUCUGUUAUCAUCCCGACUGUGGACCUAUAUUCGGAGCUGGAGCUGAUCUUUUAAUAGCGAACAAUUGCAAUACCACAAAGGAUUCGUAUUCAAAUUUACCGCAUUCGUACGAUGGCCCUGGUGCGUCUUAUGAGUCCUUGUUCGGCGAUUAUAAUUUCACUAUUACCGAUUAUGAGGUUUACACUUUAGGCUCGCCUUCCGCUACUGCGAAUAUGAUUAACAGUCUUUCGGCUAGCGGCAGUAAUCCUAAUAGCAAUGCUUUAAUGAAUUCGACUAAUGGACUUACACCUAACGUCUCGAAUUCUUCAUCCUCGUUAGCUAACGCGAACGCUAUAAAUACAAGUAACGUCAUUAAUAGCGGCAAUAAUUCAACAGUGGGCUUGGCCAAAACUAAAUAUGAGAGAUAUUGA